UGGUGAAAUUUGGCUGAUGACGUCAUGGUCACGGGAAGCCAUAUUGGAUUAGGAAGAAGUAAUUUCAGCUGACUCUGAUCACUACUCCUGCAGUUUUGGGGUGGAAAAUCGCCCAAGAUGUUUCGAGGAGGGAAUUUCGACAGACUCUUAGAGAAAGCCACGAGCCAGCUGCUGCUGGAGCCAGACUGGGAUGCCACCCUACAGAUAUGUGACUCCAUCAGACAGGGAGAUGUCACGCCAAAAUAUGCGAUCCCUGCCAUCAGGAAGAAAGUGUAUGACAGGAACCCACAUGUGUCUCUGUAUGCACUUCAGGUGCUAGAGUCCGUAGUGAAGAACUGUGGCUCGCCUGUCCACCAAGAGAUCGCUCAGAAAGAGGUCAUGGAGGAGAUGAGAGACUUAGCAAAGAGAUCUGCUGAUAAUGUGAGGAACAAGGUGUUGGAGCUGAUCCAAGUGUGGUCACAUGCCUUCCGUAAUGAGCCCAGCUACCGAGUGGUGCAGGACACGUAUCAGAUCAUGAAGAUGGAGGGCUGUUCCUUCCCUGAACUCAGGGAGAGUGAUGCCAUGUUUGCUGCUGAGAAGGCUCCUGAGUGGAAGGAUGGGGAUGUGUGCCAUCGAUGUAGAGUGCAGUUUGGAAUGGUGCAAAGAAAGCAUCACUGCAGAGCCUGUGGCCAGGUCUUCUGUGGUAAAUGUUCCUCCAAGAAUUCCAUCAUCCCCAAAUUUGGCAUUGAGAAGGAAGUUCGAGUCUGCGAUUCUUGCUUUGAGGAGCUCAAUAACCUCCCUGGUCUUCAUUCCAGACCCACCGCCGGUAAAGCAGCGGGAAAGCCGGGAGAAAACGAUCUCCCCCAAGAAUACCUGAACAGCCCCUUGUCACAACAAUCACAGGUAAAAGGAGAGUCAGGACAUAUGCCCCCUAGCCAGAAGGACCUAGAACUGCAGGAAAGGGAGGAGCUUGAGCUGGCAAUAGCACUUUCUCAGUCUGAAGCCGAGAGUAAAGAAAAAGGACCAUACACAAAUUACAACAAUUAUUCGUCUGUUACAACACAUAACUCCACACCUCCUGUGUCUAGUUCUUUGUACAACACCUCCUCAACAGCUUCCAAUGAUGAUAGUUAUGAGAUGGAUCCUGAGCUUGCCAGGUACCUGAACCGCUCUUACUGGGAGAAGAAGCAGGAGGAAGUGAAGACGUCCACGACCACACCCUCUGCACCUGUAGCCAGUGAAGGUGCGGUUCCCAACAACAUGCCCAACAACAUGCCUAACAAUAUGUCCAACAACAUGUCCAACAACACGGCAGGCAGUGCCCCAGUAGGGACUGUUGCACCCCAGGCUGUGGCUGUCACCAAGAUUUCAGAGAAGUACCAGAAUGGUGAUGUUGAGGAUGAGGAUCAGCAGCACCUGGUCACCACCCUCAGUAAUAACCUGGAGAUCUUCAACAACCGCAUGAAGAGUGACAUGAUGCGGGGGAGACACAUCGCCAACGACACCACGGUCCAGUCCCUGUUCCAGGCCCUCAACAACAUGCACCCCCAUCUCCUGCAACAGAUCAAAGAACUAGAGGACAAGAGAAGCUAUUACGAGUCCCUGCAGGACAAGCUGACCCAGAUCCAGGACGCGCGGCAGGCGCUGGACGCUCUGCGGGUGGACUACCAGGAGCGGCUGCGGAGGGAGGCCGAGGAGAGGGAGCGCCAGCGCCAGAUCCAGAUGGCACAGAAACUGGAACUCAUGAGGCAGAAAAAACAGGAGUACCUUGAGUACCAGCGUCAGAUCGCCCUGCAGAGGAUGCAGGAGCAGGAGAGGGAGAUGCAGAUGAGACUGGAGCAGCAGAAACAGGAGCAGCAGAUGAGACAGUACCAACAGCAGUUCCCUAUGGGCUCCAUACAACAGCAGCCCAUGCCAGGCCAGUACCCCCAGCAAGGCAUGCCAGGUCAGCUCCCCCCUGGAGCCAUCCCCCCUCAGCAGGCCCAGUCCUUCAGCCCCCCUCAGUCUGUGGAAGGGUCCCCCCUCCAUACUGCCUACAGACAGCAGCCACAACAGCCUGGGUACCAGCAGCCUGUCUCUGUGGCAAACCCUCCUCCACAACAACAGCAGCAGUUUGCUCCCACCACCCAGCAGCAGAUGUACAACCAACAGCGGGUCCAGGGCUACCCCCAGCAGGCCCCCGUUACCACGGUACCCACCUCGGCCAAUCAGGGCCAGCCCAUGUUCCAGCAGCAGGCAGGCUUUCAGCAAACCAACCAACCGCAGUCCCUGCCUCCACAGACACAGUACCAGGCUCCAAACAGCCAGCCCUCCAGCCUGCCCAUGCAGCAGCCUGCGAGCCUUCCCCAGUUCAGCACAGGGUCUGCUCCUUCAUCCAUAGACUAUGCACAGCAGCAGAAGCAGCAACAACAGCAGCAGCAACAGCCACAACAACAGAACUUCAACAUGCAGGCCAUGGCUAAUGCCCUCCCCCCACAAGGUCCCCCAAGUGGUUACGCCCCACCCCAACCCCAGCAGAAUGCCAUGUACCAGCAGGGACAGUCCAUUCCACAGCAGGGGAUGCCGCAUCAGAUGAAUGCUGGCUACCCCAUGCAACAGAUGGCACAGGUACCCCCCCAGCAGCAACAAGUACCCCCUCAGCAGCAGCAGGGCCCCCCUCAGCAGCAAAUGCAGUACCCCCAACAGGCCCCUCCACCCACCCCAGAUGCAGUGGCAGAACUCAUCUCUUUUGACUAAUGGAAACUGUCCUUGUCUAAGAAUUCAAAAAUUAACAUAAACACAAUAUUGAAAACAAACAUGUUAUACAGGUAUUUGCUCUUAAUACUAGCCCCUUAUUAUAGGAGGAAUUUUAUGAUUUAAAGUUAGUUUUAUUAUGUAGAUUGUAUUUAACUGUAUACAUUGUAUAAGCAGAUUUGAUAUGAUCAACGAGUUUAAGUCAUUAAUUUCAGUCAAGUGUGUAUAAGGCCAAGGGGCAUUAAAAAAACUGCCCAUAAAAAGUAACAUCUUGAAAGCCAGUAAUGAUACCAGCCUAUGUAGUCAAUGUGCAGAAUAUGAUACUAUGUAACUAUACUAUGGUCCUAAAAGACAAGUUGAGUGGAAUAUUUCAUCUGUGGUAUGGAUACAUUUUAUGGGAACUUUGCUGGAUUUUUUUUAUGGAAUUGAAUUGUCCUUACAUCAGUCACUUUGUGAGUGGAAGACA